UCUAAUGACGUCGAUAAUCACUCAUGCAUAUAAAACUGUGUGAUACAACUGCGGCGACACUGCACUGAUCUUGCACAAUUACCAACUUUCAUGUACUUAUUACAUUUAAAAAACAGUGUGAAAGAUGUCACAGCCAUACAGUCCAUCAGGAUUUUAUAAGACUCCUGUCAGCAAAGCUCUCCUGAUCCUUGGAAGCGUAAUCUCCGGCUCUCUGGUUUUACUAGGUCCGAAAUACCAGAACUACUUUGUCUACUCCAAUGAUUAUCUGCUAGCUGGCAGCGAGUUAUGGCGCCUGGUGACCUGCAAGUUGGCCUUUCUUGAGAUUCAUUCGCUGCUCCUUGGAGCAUCACUGUUCUACCACUUCAGAGUAUUGGAGAGGCGGUAUGGAUCAGCAAAAUUUGUUUCAUUUCUUGUAGCUAAUGGUCUGUUUUGUAUCGGAGCUGAAGUGGCCGCCAUAUUCGCAUUAGAGGCGCUAGAGUACAGGGUAUUGCCUCAUACGUUGUGUGGACCGCAAAGCAUUGUACUUUCAAUGUUUGUACCGUUCUUUAUGGACAUUCCCAACGUUUCAUCGCAGAGUCACUUUCUGGCCGAUGUUGUCGCAGGGAAGUGGGUAUCAUACAUCUUGGGUAUCUAUUUGACAACCCUCACACACACAACACCUCUUGCCAUCGCCUAUGGGAUCACGGCAGGCAUCCUCUAUCGUCUAAACUUCCUGUACGUCAAAACAUGGGUGACGAUUCCACAGACGUUGUCGUCUCUCUGUCACGGGGCGUUCGGUUGGCUGCUGUCCUCUCGUCCGCCAAGCGAGGGCGCUGUGCCCAUGGGUGCAACGCUGGAGAUCCAGAGGCAGCAGAGGACGGAGUUGAUGGAACAGAGGAUGCUGCUCGCUCAGGCUCAGAGGUUCAGGAGUAUUCAGAGACAAAAUGCUAUUAGGAGACCGAUAAGACAAACUUUUCCUUUGAGGAGACAGGAAGGGAGUAGUGGCCCUCGUCAGCAGAACAGUGUGAGGAACGGUGAGCCUAACGGAGGUAUAAACUUCCCACCAGCAAACGGCUCGACCCCGCCCGUCACCAGUCCCCCUUCCCCGUCACCGCCACCACCACCACCACCACCGCCGGUGUCCCAAGAUGCCUCUGAUCAGCCCAGUACCAGCAGGGCUCAUGGCGGAUCUGAUACAGAAGAAGACAAGAUCGAGCAGCUCGUUGAUAUGGGAUUCAACCGCGGGGCCGUGAUGCAAGCUCUGACCAUGUCAAACAAUGACGUAACCAUGGCGACAUCAGUACUGCUCCAGGAGUGAACGAAUCAGGAGCAUUUGUCGUGCAAUAUGAGAGACAGAUUGAGUACUACGUGUCAAUUUCUAUGUGGCUCAUUGUUGAGUUCUGUUAUGUUCUAAUUCACUGAAAUGUAAAUUAUCUCCAUUGACUUUGAACCAUUGCAUACACAUAAUUUGGGCCCUGUCUUAGAAAGAGUUGCCAUUAUUGAAUUCAAAUCAAUUAAAACUUGAUCACCCUAACUUUGCCAUAACAGAUCAGUAAAGUUGAUGAGAAGAUAUAUCUUGAGUAGCCUUUGGGUGGAUAUGAUGCAUAUUAUAAAUACCUGCAUUAUCAUCAUUUUUUAUUUAUUAUUAUAAGUACUUUAGUUUACUCAAGCCAAUAACUGAGUGAAAUACAUAUUCCUGACUUCAAGCCC